UCACACAAGGAAGAGAAGUUGGUUUUAUCUCAGUUGGUUAAGGAGUCCCGGACCAACAUGUCGAGAUCGUUAUUAAUUGGUGGAGCAGUGUGCCUCUUUACAUUAGCAUGUGGAGAAGAUCUGAUGGAACUAGGAGAAUUCGGUGAGAGCGUAGAUGCAAGGAUAAAAAGGUUUCCACAAUUUUCACAUUUUCCUGGAGGGGAUUACUCCCCUGCACCCCCAGCUCCUUACUCACCUCAACCAUAUGCUCCUCCUAAAUCCUACGAACCUACUUCGUACAGUCCUCCCGCUCCAGCUUAUCAUGAACCUGCUCCAUACAAUCCUCCCGCUCCAGCUUAUCAUGAACCCUCUCCGUACAGCCCUCCUAGUCCUGCAUAUCAUGAACCAGCUCCAUACAGUCCUCCCGCUCCAGCGUAUCAUGAACCUGCUCCAUACAGUCCUGCCGCUCCAGCUUAUCACGCACCUGCUCCAUAUGAUGCCCCCGCUCCAGCACAUCAUGAACCUGCACCAUAUCACGCCCCUGUUCCAGCUUAUCAUGAACCUGCUCCAUACCACGCCCCAGCUCCUGGAUAUCAGGAGCAUGAACCCUAUCAUGAUGAGCACCAUGGAGUUCCCGGCGUUCCUUGCAAAGACUAUCCCUGCUAUGCUGAAGCACCAUACACAAAGUUUACCUGUGCCAGUGUUCCAUUCCAACCCGGGAUGUAUGCUGACCCAGAAUCUGGGUGCCAGGCCUACCGAGUUUGCAACGAUGGUAGGGAUGGUCCAGCUGGAGCAGGAUUUGUGUGCCCAAAUGGAACCUUGUUUGACCAAUACCAAUUUGCUUGCGAAUUCUGGCAUAAGGUUGAUUGCAGCAAGGCUGUCUCUCUUUAUGAACUUAACAAAGACCCAUACAAGAAUCCUUACUUAGAUAAACCUAAGGAGGAUCACCCCCACGCUCCCGCUCCAUAUGCGCCUGCUCCCCACCAUCCUGCUCCUUAUGCCCCCGCUCCCCAUGCACCCGCUCCCUAUGCACCCGCUCCCUAUGCACCCGCUCCCUAUGCCCCCGCUCCCUACCAUUAAACACAAAGACUUAUUUUUUGUUACAAAAGAAGUUUUGAUGGUUUAACAUUGACUUUUUGUUUUAUAUUAAAGUUUUAUUGUUCAUCCAUUAUUUGUUAAUUAGUAUUCGAAAUAAAUGUUUAUCUAUUAGGA